AUGCCUCCAAAACCAAAAGAUAACAUAAAGAAACCUACUCAGAUUGCAACGAGACCUAUAAUUAGUGAUUCCAGCUUACUCCGUAUUCCUGAAAAUGCAAUAGAAGGUUAUCAACAACGUAUACUAACAGAUAUCGAUUGGACUCUUUUGGAGAAAGCCUUCCGCCAUCACAAAUUAAAUUGCGAAAGAGUUGAGAUUUCCCAGGUCAGCCUAAAAGAGGCACUUAAAAAAAAAGUUGAGUCGAGCAUACUCCGUGGUUUCCUUGAUGAAUCUUCCACGCUUACAUUGCAAGAUCAAUGGGAGCUGUUCCUUCCUAUCACUUUAUGGGAGAUUGAAAAAUUUGCUAAUAGUGAAGGGAUGAUAUGUUUUCAAAAUAAUAACAGUAUCACGAACGAUUUGGUGAAACUUAUUCGGAAAGCUGUUAAGCUCAAUGAUCGGGAAAUCUUAAGAAAAGAGCUAAAAGCAGUUGACAUGUUGAGGAUUAAUGAAGCCGAGAUAACAAAACUCGACUGCAGCUUAAGAGACUAUAAAAAUCUCGUAACUUUAACUUUAUGCUUGAAUUAUUUAAAAGACAUAGAUGCGACUGUAAUACCAGAGGGAGUUAGAAUACUCGAACUGCAAGCGAAUCGAAUCAGCAGCGUCGAAUUAUUUGCUAAGGAUUUACCUACAAAUUUACUUUAUUUGGGCUUAUCAAGAAAUUUCAUUUCGAAUGACGUUGAAAGUCUUGCAAGCUUACCACAAAGUUUGACAGUUCUGGAUUUGUCAGACAACGACAUCUAUAAUUUGAAUUCAACUUUAGAUGUUCUGGUGGAAUUAUCGAAUCUAACGUCGUUGCUACUCGCUGGAAAUCCGUGCUCGGUUUGCGCAGGUUAUGCUCGAGCGACUUUAACAAGAUUACCGCGGCUGAAAUGUUUGGAUAAUCGCGAAGUACUAUCAAUUGAUCGAGUGCCAGAACUCCUUGAGCCACAUCCUGAUGAUUUACGAUCGGCCUACUUUUAUUUCACUGUUAUAAGGAUCAUGUCCGUACCCCAACCACCGAAGCCAGAAAAGGGAGCAACAACAACGUUUCACGUGGAACUAGAGCUGCCAUUAUUAGACUCAAAUAGAAGAAACUUCCUGAUGUAUCACACGAAUGAGUCACUGAUACAAAUGAUGCCGCCACCGGAGGAUGAUAUAUGGCACAUCCCGUCUUCAAUGACCACCAGUAAAAUUGUCAAUCCUGUAAGAGACGAUGAAACGUCGAUACAUGAAUCCGAUAUUUACCAUCAUUUGACUGUGAAGAACUCUCGUCAAAUCUGUAACUAUACCACAUUUGAGAGUAACAAAAUACAAUGGAACAAAGUUAUGAAUUUCCAAGAGCCUACUGUGAAGAUAUUCUGUCCGGAUCUUGUGGCUCUGAGGGAUACAUUCAGAACUGUUGUCACAAUCAAGCUUGUAUAUACAGUGACCAGUACUGCGAAACAAGGAAAAACAGAAAAGAAAAGCGUGCAUUCAAUGAAAAUGCCAAAUGAGCAAAUAGCCGUAUUAGCUACCGUGAAAUGUUCACUUAGCAACCCGGAUUGGAGUCAAAUUUCACAGCACUUCCAUUGGGACGACACCUUGGGUACUGAAGAAGCAAUACACUGGGGCGAGGGCGAUCUUACUGCUGUCCAAUAUAGUCAGGCUCCGGUCAAAACGCCUAAAGGGAAACCGCAAGCCGAUGCUGGAUCCUCAAGGCAAUCUCCUCCAGAUAAUUUGACUUGUCAUUUCGCUUUUGGUAUUGAAACAUUGCGAUUAUAA